GAUUGCCUUGAAAAGUUCUGAACUGCUUUACAUGUAUGGUGCCCUGGACUCACGGGUUAGAGCCUUAGCGUUCAGUGUCCGAUGCUGGGCUCGAGCACAUUCGUUAACGAGUAGUAUUCCUGGUGCUUGGAUUACAAAUUUCUCCCUCACCAUGAUGGUCAUCUUUUUUCUCCAGAGGAGAUCACCUCCUAUUCUUCCAACACUAGACUACCUAAAAACCCUUGCAGAUGCAGAAGAUAAGUGUAUAAUAGAAGGCUACAACUGUACAUUUGUUCGUGACUUGAAUAGAAUUAAACCUUCAGGAAACACAGAAACACUAGAAUUACUACUGAAAGAAUUUUUUGAGUAUUUUGGAAAUUUCGCAUUCAAUAAAAAUUCCAUUAAUAUUCGACAGGGAAAGGAACAGAACAAACCAGAAUCUUCUCCGCUGCACAUUCAGAAUCCUUUUGAAACUUCUCUCAACGUUAGCAAAAAUGUAAGUCAAAGCCAACUGCAAAAAUUUGUGGAUCUGGCCAGAGAAAGUGCCUGGAUUUUACAUCAGGAAGGUAAAGACCGCCCUUCGCCAUCAAGUAAUCAGCCUUGGGGGUUGGCAGCCCUGCUGCUACCUUCUGUAGCAAAUAAUGUGUCUCUUUCCAAGAAGAAAAAGAAGCCUGCAAGUGAAAGAAUUAAAAACUUGUUGGAUUCCAUAAAAAGUAGCGGUGCAGAAAAUUCCACAGCCACUAAUGGGAGAAGAGCAAUUAGCACUCGGGCAUGAUGGCUGUUUAUUUGCUUUCAGAACUGGUUUUGUCCUGUAAGCUGGUUGCUGACUGCCUGGAAGAACCGUGCGAAGCCCUGCCAAGUCAUACUUCCAUCCAGUGUCUCUCUUCUCAUGAUCUUCCUGUUGGGCCCUUUAAACUGGUCUGAGAUUCUGCGAUAUGUUCAGUCUGAAAGCAGUGGCACCAUAUGAAAACGCUAGCCAUAGGAACAGGUGAAAGAAGAUUAGAAUGUACUUCAGAUAAAAUAUACAAAGCAGGUGGGAAAAAUCAGUCUUAGAAUCAAACCAUUGUUGAUAUCCACAUCAGUCUCUGGGUGUAAAUCAUUUAAAGGGACUUCUAGAUAUGUACAUACGUAGGCAAUGAAUACAAUAAAGUUGAGAAGUUUGAUAGUA